AUGACCAUAACUCGUCGUGCACCAGACGACGAAGACGUCGCUAUCGAUAUUAAAUUCGCUGGGAUCUGUCACUCCGACAUCCAUACAGCCCGCAACGAAUGGGGAAGGACCACAUACCCUCAGGUCGUCGGACACGAAAUCGCUGGAGUUGUCAAUGCCGUAGGCAAAAAUGUCACCAAGUUCAAAGUUGGUGACCACGUCGGAAUUGGCUGCAUGGUGAACAGCUGUCGCCAAUGUGCCAAUUGCGUGGACGGCGAGGAGCAAUACUGCACCUCUGGUUUGGUCUUGACAUACAAUUCGACGGAUCCCAAAGACGGGUCAAUUACGCAGGGCGGCUAUUCGCAAUACAUCGUGGUGGAUCAGGCUUUUGUGCUGAGUGUCCCAGAAAGCAUUCCAUUGGAUAAGGCGGCCCCGUUAAUGUGUGCGGGUAUAACAUUGUACUCGCCACUGAAUCAUUGGAAUGCUGGGCCAGGCAAGAGGGUGGGCAUCAUUGGAUUUGGUGGCCUAGGGCAUAUGGGUGUCAAACUCGCAAAAGCACUAGGGUCUGAAGUGACCGUGUUUUCUCAAACCAAUAGCAAAAAAGAGUUGGGACUCCGGUUUGGAGCAGACGACUACGUCGCAACGAGCGAGCCCGACGCUUUUUCCAAACUCAGUCAAAGAUUUGACAUCAUCAUUAAUACUGUUUCCGCUAAAAUUCCUCUCGAUCUAUACCUUUCUUGUCUCCGCCGCGAUGGUACUCUCAUUCAAGUUGGGGCUCCUGAGGACCAAUUGCAGAUUUCCCCUUCCAGCCUGUAUGCUCAUCGAGUCGGAGUCCACGGGUCAAUGAUUGGCGGGAUUGCAGAGACGCAGAAGAUGUUGGAUUUGUGUGGAGAGAAGCAGAUUUUCCCAGAAAUUGAGACUAUUCCGGCGUCAUAUAUCAAUGAGGCGUAUGAGAGAGUCAUGAAGUCAGAUGUCAAAUUUAGAUUUGUGAUCGAUGUGUCGACUAUGUAG